AGACGUAUAUUUCCCGCGCUUUUUCCUGCAGACGCACGGUUCCCGCGCUUUUUCCUGCGGACGCGCGGUCCCCGCCCUUUUUUUUCCCUGUUGACUGUCGCACUGAUGAGAGCAGUUGCCACGUGGCAGGAGGGAAGGAAUGCAAGCGUCAUUGGUCUCGCAGAUACCAUCAUCGGCGGAGCGAGUGGGACAAGGAGCGGCGGGGGGAGGUGGAGGAGGAGGAGGAGGAGGGGGAGGACUGCAUGUGUCCCCAUGCAGCGGCUCUCCCCCGCCCGCCGCUGCGCCGGCGGCUUUUCACCCGGACCAAGGGGGGGGUAUUUUUGUUCAAUUCCCCCCAGGAGGGGCUUCUACUAGCAGUCAUGGAUUGCCCCGGCUGUCUGACGGGAUACCGAUCGUGCCGACGCCUCCGCACGUCGGUGAGGCGGCCCCGUUGUGCUCGCCGCAAAGUUACACGCCCACGUCAUCGAGCGGAGGCGGCGGAGCUGCUGGCGGAGGUGGGGAUGUACAUCAGCAAGUGGCGCAAUCUCCGGCGGACGGAGAGAGGGGCGGGGGGGACAUCGAUGGAGGAGAAGAGGGUGUGCUUCCAGCCGCCGACUGCAAACACAUAGGAGGAGGGGGAGGAGGAGGGGGAGAAGGAGGAGAGGAGAGAGGUGGAAUGGAUGGAUUGAUGGUUCCCAUGGAUUGCGCCAGAGACGGCGCUCUGCCUCUGGAAGGAGGAAGCAUGGCAGGAGAAGGGAGUGGGAGUGAAGGCGUAGGGGUGGUCACUGCACUAGCUGUAAAAGGUCGCAGUCCGGCUCCGAUGGGAGCUUCAGCGAUCACUCCAAAGGUUAAAUUCAAGAAUCAGGGGAAUAACAAGGAGAACUGGAAAAUUGUGGCAGCUCGAAUGUCAGCAAAUGGGUUCAAGCGGUCCAGCGAGCAGUGUCGGAAAAAGUUUGAAAGAAUCUGGAGGAAGUUUCAAGAUCUCAAGGCAGACAACGAACGCAGUGGCGGCCUCGAGUUCAAAGGGCAUGGUGCCGGCUUCCCUCACGUCUACGAUCUGAUCAUGAGUUCGCCGAUGAUCGGCAUGCGUGCCGUCGAUCGCGGCACCCACCAUGUGCGGGGCUGCGAUCUGUAUCACUCUGCUGAGGUUUCGGAGUCUUUGGCUGGCGCACUCACUCCUAUUCACGUGCAUACGACUGCCGGAAAGGCGGCCCCGCGGUGCCUGGCCUUCGGGUCUGUCAGCAGCCCCUCCCCACGUGCAGACCCUACUAGUGCUGUAGCUGCUGUUAUAGAUGACAGCGCCCUUGGUCGCCAGGCAGCACCCGCGGCCGUGGUUCUCGGGAUGCCACUCGUCAGGCCGGAAGUGGUCGGUAUAGGCAAACACGACGCCCACGCUGCAAGUGAAGGCAUAGGGGACGGCACAGAAACCGGUGCAGCAGACAGUCGGGAUGCGGAAACGGGAAGGGAUGGUAGCCUACGGACGGGGAGGCUUGGCGGGUCUCAGUCGCGGCAGGUUCUCAUGGAGACGAUGAUGGGCUUGCUCGCCGACCUGGACAAGAGGUUCUGGGAGAGCUAUGAUCAAAGGGUACUUCAGCAAGCGGAGUGGCAGCGAGAGCGCGCCGCAAGUGAGGCAAUGGACAGAAGAGAAACCAACUCCAUUCUGCGCUCGCUUGUGAACCAGUUGAUUAAGGACGGAACAUCGAACGGCGCUGCCGCCGAUGAUAGCCAAAGAUGAGCUUAUCGGUGUCGACGAGGUGGACCAAACGGUGACGAGUCCUUUUAGGUAUUUUACUCGUCGGGUUAGCGGCAAAAACGGGAUUUGAAACCGCGGCGUCUGGCAUUCGAUCCUAUUGGCGAAUGGAAUCAGAAGCGGCUGGUGUGUGUCGGGUGCAGCAAAGAGUUCGUCUGGCUUGGCAGUUUUGCAUCGGCGUUCCCCCCCGACCGCCCUUCCUCACUGCCCCGAGUACCGACCCCUCUUCCAUGUAUAUGCUGCGAGGGCGGGUGGGUGUACAUGCACUCUCGACAGUUUUGCAUCCAUUUUCUUCUUCCGCCCCCCCCCACCCUCUUCUGUGUACAUCCUGGUGCAAUGUGUGACCAUACCUGUUCUCUUCGUUUGGAAGAUUGAAUUUUUUUUUUUUUUUUUCCCCGGAAGGUGGAAUACUAGUCAUAAGGUUUUGAAGUCUUGUGGCGAUGCAACAGUGCGGUGUGCAUUGAUACACCAGUGGGGCCUGGUGCUGACUCUGCAUGCAAGGAACCUGCACUCUUUUACGCCCAGGUUGGAUAGAGUGUGAAACCAAGUUGGCAGUCCCACAAUGCUGGAGGCGUACAAGAAAGCGCUGAGAGGAUCUGUUAAUGAGAACCUGAACUCUUUUACGCCCAGGUUCAUGCUUUCCGUGCAUGAACAUAGCACCAGUGGGGGCUGGCGCGCUGACUCUGCAUGCAAGGAACAAAUACUAGUUAUAGUGUCAGGGAAACUUCAUUGAGGAAGAUAUGUUGUGCUACGAGGAUCUGUUAAUGAGACAACAGGAGGGCCAGGUUCAUGUUUUUGGAGCAUGAACCUGGACUCUCGUUGAUGGCCAGGUUCAUGUUUUUUAAAUGCAGGAACGUAAGACCAGUGGGGCUCGGCCCUGACUCUGCAUGCGAGGAACAAAUACAGUUAUGGAGU